AAACCCAAACACGGAUGCCCGCCUAUAUGCGAAAGAGGAAGCCUUUAACAAACAAUUCAAUUGAGAAAAGUUACGAAAUUAUUGUAUGAUAUGGAUAUGUGAUUCAAACUUAGACACAAACAAACAACGCUUAUGCUGUUUCUAGUCCACAUUACGUUGUUCUCACACACUCGUUAAAAUUUAACAUAAAGCUCAUGGCAGGAUCCAAAUCAAAAGCUGCCAAUGAUUUGACUGCAGUGAUGGAGACAGCCAUGCAAACACUUCAAAGCAAGUUUCAGAACUUAUCUGACCAGAUCAUUGCUAAAAUGGAUGAAAUGGGAACGCGUAUAGAUGACCUGGAGAACAAUGUCGCUGAUCUCAUGACACAAGCAGGAAUGGAAGAUAAAAACAAAACCAAGUAUGCAGACUUUGAAGAGAGAACAAGCUUGUCAAAGCACUGAUCAGAAAUGUUACAAAAGAUUAAGUGUGUAUUUUUCAUAUGAAUCUAUACAUUUAUUGUUUGCUCUUAAGUAUAUAAUAUUGUUGAUUUGAUUUUUCUAAUAAAAAGCACUACUUACUUAACUGAA